AUGUCUAACGAGGACACUUCCUGGGAUAUAACUCCCAAGGAUGUGAAGAGAGCCAUUGCUAAGGAAAAAUACGAGAAUGACUGUCUUGCCUGCAAAAUCACAGGAAGUUUGGCCUUCAUUGGGCUUGGAGUGUAUAGCUAUGUGUCCGGCAUGAACAAUCUCAAGAAACAGGAAAAAGUUAUCUUGAAAAGCAAAUCACCAUAUAGGAUGGGUUCCCGGCGCCUUGGUAUAGCGACGAUAUCGGCGACGUUAGUGGGAAUGGGAAUCUGGAGGGCGCUCCACUAA